AUGGUGGUUCUCCUUUCCGUCCGCGCCGCCCUGCCUCCUUGGUCUCACCUCCGCGCUUGCCGACGUCCAGAAACAGUAGGCUCCCCAGCAGCUGAGGCACCUGCAUGCCCGACUGCCACAGCUGCGCGUGGCCAUCGGCGCGUUCAAACACCGAGCACGAGUUCUGCACGGACAUGGACAGAGACAGACACGCCCUUCAUGGACAAGAGCCCCCACCGCCGGGACAGCGCCGGCGGCCGGCUGAAGCAGCGGCUGGCGCGGAUCCUCACGCGCUCCACCUGCACCACGUCCGCCACUGCCGCCGCCGGCUCGGGCGGCGGCACGGCCUUCGUCAGCCUCGCCAAGACCAACACCCACUCCUCCCACACGCGGGAGCCGGAAGCCCCGUACUUCUGCACGCCCUGCACCUACGAGCGGCCCAAGGCCGUCGACGGCGGCACCCGCUCGCGCCGCCGCCGCCGCCGCAGCCGCAGCGCGUCGCUCAUACACAUCUCCGUGGACUGCACGGGCGGCGCCGGGGCCGUCUCCGGCCACUCCGACGCGCCGCUUCUGCAGCACCUGUUGUCGGUGCCGGCGAGGGACGUCGUCAAGAAGCAAAGCAAGGGCGGCAGGGGCAGGAGCAAGCCGGCGCCGCGGUCUCCGUCGGCGUCGAGGUGGCGCUGCUCGUCGCCGUCCUCCUACUGGGGCCGCGCGCGGCGGCCCAGCAGCACGCCCACGCCGUACAGCUGGUCCUCGUCGUCGUCCUCCACCGCAACGGACGACGAGCUCGCGCCGUUCAGCGGCAGCGGCGGCUGCAGCGACGAGGAGGGCGGCGAUGAGGCCGAGACGAGGACGCUCUUCUCGUCUUCUCGUCCGACUCCACGUCCGAGUUCUACCACACCAUCACCAACGGCGGCGGCGGCGGCGGCAACACCAGGACCAGGAGGAACGAAGCAGCAGCACAGGGAAUGCAACAACGAGAGGAACAAGGAAGAGAAGGGUCUCAACGUCGGGAAGCUGAUGAUGACGGGCGCGGCGGCCGCGGAGGAGACAACCGCCGGCGGCGCGGGCAUGGCAGUGGUGAAGUGUUCGAGCAACCCGUACUUGGACUUCCGUAGUUCGAUGGUGGAGAUGGUGGUGGAGCGGCGCAUCGGCAGCGUGGCGAAGAUGGAAGAGCUCCUGGGGUCCUACCUCUCGCUCAACUCGCCGCGCCACCACCCGGCCAUGAGACAGCGCCGCUGCGACGACGCCCGCCGCCAGGACUGGAGCGUGGAUGUGAGGUCGAGGCGGGGCGGCGCCGAUGAGGAGGUGAGCUCCGUGAAAAUUACAGUCGGGAAGGGGCCUCGCCGGAGCUCCGCAGCAGCCAUGGCAGGGCGGAGCUCCCGCGCGACCAUGGUGGGGCGGAGCUCCAGGUGCACGCGCGCCGGCACCUAA